AUGCCGGCCGGCCAGCCGCACGCGCACGAGGUCGCCGCCGGCGGCGGUGGUGGCGCCGCGAACCACUCCAACCACCGACUGCCGGCCCACUCGCCAACGCCGCUCCCCGCGGAGGUGGUGCCGGCGUACCCGCCGCCGGAGUCGGAGGACGACGAGACCUGGGUGUGGACCCAGAUCAAGGCGGAGGCCCGCCGCGACGCGGACGCGGAGCCGGCGCUCGCCUCCUUCCUCUACGCCACCGUGCUGUCCCACCCGUCCCUGCCCCGCUCCCUCUCCUUCCACCUCGCCAACAAGCUCUGCUCCUCCACACUCCUCUCCACGCUCCUCUAUGACCUCUUCCUCGCCACGCUCACCGCGCACCCGUCCCUCCGCACCACCGUCGUCGCCGACCUCCUCGCCGCCCGCUCCCGUGACCCCACCUACGUCGGCUUCUCCCACUGCCUCCUCAACUACAAGGGCUUCCUCGCCAUCCAGGCCCACCGUGUCGCGCACGUGCUCUGGGAGCAGCAGCGCCGGCCCCUCGCGCUCGCGCUCCAGUCCCGCGUCGCCGACGUCUUCGCCGUCGACAUCCACCCCGCUGCCGUCGUCGGGAAGGGCAUCCUCCUCGACCACGCCACCGGCGUCGUCAUCGGUGAGACGGCCGUCGUCGGCGACAACGUCUCCAUCCUCCACCACGUCACCUUGGGUGGGACUGGGAAGGCGGUGGGUGACCGGCACCCCAAGAUUGGGGAUGGCGUGCUGAUUGGAGCAGGGGCCACGAUUCUUGGGAACGUGAAAAUUGGUGCCGGGGCUAAGAUUGGGGCCGGAUCCGUGGUGCUGAUAGAUGUGCCGGCGAGGAGCACGGCGGUUGGGAACCCUGCCAGGCUGAUUGGUGGGAAGAAGGCCGAGGGCGAGAAUGACGAGGACAUGCCGGGGAAGUCCAUGGAUCACACGUCCUUCAUACGUCAAUGGUCGGACUACACCAUUUGA